AUGUCUCGCCCCUCGGAAAUCCCCUACCGCCAAAUCCGCGCCUCAUACGACCACGACCACAUCAUUGUCUACCAAGCCUACAAUGCGUCCAUCGCCGAUGCCGCCGUCAAGGCCCAGAAACUCAACGCCUCACCGGAUUUCAAUCCAGAUCGCAUGACCUGGAUCAAGCCAAGCUGGUGCUGGAUGAUGUACCGCUCCGGCUACUCUUACAAGGAUGAUGGCCAGAGCCGUAUCCUCGCCCUCAAGAUGAAAAAGGACGACUUUCUGGGCCUCUUAGCGCAAGGCGUCCUAUCGAAUCAUCCGGCGUUGCACGCCCAUGUGGACAAAGAGAGCACCAACAAGACGGCGCACGAGAAACCCGCCGACGUGAGGAUUCAGUGGGAUCCGGAGAGGAACGCGAAGCUCGAGGCGUUGCACUAUCGGAGCAUCCAGAUUGGCAUCCCGAGAGUGCUGAGCACCAAGUGGGCGGAUGAGUGGAUUGUUUCGAUUGAAGACGUUACGGAGAGGGCGAGAGAGCUCAAGAGAGUCGUGGAGGAGAACCCUGACAUUACGCUGGAUGAGCUGGUGAGCAAAGGGCUGGUGCCGGAGGAGAAGCCGUUGGAUGUUACCGAUGAUAUUUUGACAAGGCUGGAUAUGACUGUCUUGGGUGUAGCAGAAGAGCUAUGA